AACAACCCCCAAAAUGAAGCUUGCAUCCAUGUCCAACAGCACCCAAGUUGUUGCUCCUCUCCUAGCGCCGGACUGCGAGUACUCACCGGAAGAUCCGAGUCCGCAAAAUGGAUCAAUUUCCGGUGCGGUGUUCAACAUAUCAACCACCAUGGUGGGUGCCGGAAUCAUGUCGGUUCCGGCGACCAUGAAGGUGCUAGGCAUAGUUCCGGGGUUGGUGGUGAUCGUGUUGGUGGCACUUGUGACAGAUGUGACGGUGGAGUUCAUGUUAAGGUACACAAGUUGCGGUAAAUCCACUACCUAUGCGAGCAUGGUGGGUGAGUCAUUUGGUUCAGCAGGGUCUUUUGCCGUCAAGAUUUGCGUCAUCAUCACCACUCUCGGUAUCCUUAUCAUCUAUUUCAUCAUUCUUGGAGACGUGCUAUGUGGAAAUGAAUCCGAAGGAACCACACACUUUGGUAUUCUACAAGAAUGGUAUGGCAUCCACUGGUGGACCUCUCGCGCUUUUGCUCUUCCUAUAGUUGCGCUCUUUAUAAUGCUUCCACUAGUUAUGUUACGCCGUGUUGAUUCACUCAGGUAUAGUUCUGCAAUUUCGAUCCUACUAGCAUUGGUCUUUGUUGCAAGUUGCUCAUCAAUGGCUUUUAGUGCAUUAUGGUCCGGCAAAACACAAUCACUGAGGAUACUCCCUGAUUUCUCGCAAGUCACUGUUCUUGAUCUUUUCACCACUGUCCCAGUGUUCGUAACAGGUUUUGGAUUCCAUGUCAAUGUUCAUCCUAUUAGAUCAGAGCUUGGAAGACCUGCACAUAUGAGUAAAGCUGUGCGGAUUUCGUUGAUAAUUUGUGUGGCGAUUUACUUUGCUAUUGGCUUCUUUGGGUACCUAUUGUUUGGGGACUCCAUCAUGCCUGAUGUGCUAGUAAACUUUGACCAAAAUUCCAAUACCAGUGCUGGUAGAUUGCUAAACGACGUCGUUCGGCUAAGCUAUGCACUACAUCUUGCACUUGUGUUCCCCGUCAUGAACUAUUCCUUAAGAGCCAACAUAGAUGAAUUAAUAUUCUCAAAUAUAAAUAAGCGUACCCUGGCAUCAGACACCCCAAGAUUUGUGUCUCUCACAAUCAUUUUGCUAGCACUCACAUACUUGUUGGCUGUGGCCAUCCCAAACAUAUGGUAUUUUUUUCAGUUCUUGGGAUCCACAACUGUUGUUUGCCUCUCAUUCAUUUUCCCUGCCGCAAUCAUUCUAAGGGACAUGCAUGGCAUAUCAACGACAAAAGAUCAAAUUAUGGCAACAGUGGUGAUUGUUUUGGCUGUAGGGACAAGCGGAAUUGCUAUGUGGACCAACUUGUGUAGUUGAGGGAGUGAUCAUUGAUCGACAAUAG